AGCCAUUGUGACCCACAGGGUGUGGAGCAGAGCUAAGGCUGCGGGGCUCAGGCUGAGCUCAGUCUGACCUGGGAAGGUUGGCACAGGAGCGUGCGGAGGAGAAAGCCCAGUGCUGCUGGGACAGAGACUCUGCGAGUGCUCACCGUUGACGUGCAUGUCCAUGGGGACAAAGAAGCCUGCCAGCUCAUGGGAGCUGGGAGAAAAAUGUGUGCUGUGCGUCCAGGGAGAUGCUGACCCAGACAUCUACGGGCGCAAAGUGAUCAUCAAUGGGAUCUAUUUCCAUGAGUUUUGUAUGAUAUUUUCUGGCGGCCUUCUUCAAGCGGCAAGAACACAGGGGAGAAAUGAAUCCUUAAGCAUGCCUGACACUAUAUUGGCAAUCAAGCAGGCAGAGCAGACGCACUGCUUCGUCUGUGGCAAGAGAGGGGCCUUCAUCACCUGCGCUGAGACAGGCUGUGACCGCAGCUUCCACCUCCCCUGCGCCUCAGAGGGUGAAUGUGUGACCCAGUACUUUGAACAGUACAGGUCCUUCUGCUGGGAGCACCGCCCGCAGCAGACAGUGGAGGCAGUGCCAGAGCAAGACACGACCUGCAUCAUCUGCAUGGACCCCGUGGGGGACAGCAGGUCAUACAGCACCAUGGUGUGCCCAUCCUGCCGACACGCCUGGUUCCACCGGGCCUGCAUCCAGAGGCUGGCCCUGCGUGCGGGCCUUACUUUGCAUUGUCCCCACUGCAAGGAUGAGAAUGAAUUUUUUGAUGACAUGAACACCAUGGGGAUCCAUAUCCCACUCAGAGGACCAGUGUGGGACAAUUCAUAUGCACAAAAGGCAGACAAGCUCAAGUGCUGCAACGCCAGUGAGUGCUGUUACCCACACGGCAGGGAGCGGGCAGGAGAGGGGCCCUGGGAGCUGCUCCUCUGCAGCUCCUGCGCUGCGCAAAGCACCCAUCGGCGCUGUUCCAACUUGAGUCAGAGCAGAAGCACCUGGGAGUGCAACACCUGUGCUGGAGAGGGCACCUCCUCCAGCAGCCAUGUGAACAGUUCUGGCCCCAGCACCACCGUCCAGCUGGAACUUGGGCCUUCCCAAGGCCGCGUGGUGUCGGAGAGCAGCAGCAGCUCCAGUACCACCAGGCAGGCACCAUCAGAGCCAGCUCACAGUUCCAAGGUGCCUGAGAGCAGCGUCCUGACCAGCCAGCGCAGGACAGAAUGGAGGAGAAUCUGCUCACGUUUACAUCGCAACGAUGAUGCGUGGAAUGAGCCCCAAGGACACUGUGGGAGCAGCCGUGCGGCAGCCCUGAGUGCCAAGAGCAGUGCCUCGAACUCUGCCAGCCAGGGGACAUCACGGUCCCCGAGGCACUCCCCGUCAGUAGGCUGCAGCCGCCGGUGCAGACAGGGACGGCGGGCCCACACACGAAGCCGCUCUCCACUGCGGCGCCGGGCCCCACGUUCCCCGAGCCGGCCGCAAAGGCGCCGUGGGAGCAGGCACGCACCAGCCCCUAGUGCUGAGAGCUGCACCCACACCUACACGCUGCGGGGGGCACCGCAGUCCUCGAGGGAUUCCACGGGGGCUGAUGGAAGUCGGUCCAGGCAGCCAGGAUGGGCCCGGACUCGAAGCCGCUCUCCUCUCAAACAUCGGGCUGCAGAGUCCCAGAGCCAGCCCCGAAAACAUCGCGGGCUCCGGCCCGGGCGGCGAGGGCCAGCCCAAGAGCGAAGCCGCUCCCGGAUACCACGUCGGGCCCAGAAUACCAACCGCCGACCCCACUGAUGCCGCGGGAGCAGCCGUGUGCAAACUCCACACGCUGGCUACAGUCAUCAUUAUAAUAAUCACAACAAAGUCACCACAACGGUCAUCAGUCAUCACAAUAAAUCUGAGAAUUCCUUCAUGCCACUGUCAGUUUUGUUCUUCUCUGCCUUUCCCGAGGUGGGCAGCUGUAGGGGCUGGAACCACGGGGAAGUGGUUCUUGGAAUCAGCCACAACUAACAUUUUCAGUAAUACCUGCCUAAAUGUUGUUUUCCAUAUUUAGUCU